AUGGCUUCGAUAUUGAAGCGCAAAAGAGGUCAGACAGAGGUGGCGGAUAUUCCAAAACGGUCCAAGCCUAUCUCAGAAUCUGCGGAGCCUACUACGAAGUUUGGUCAGAACAAUGGCGGAUUUGACAUCUUUGAGGUACAGGGUAAGGGGAAGGAAUUGGUCCAGGCCAAUGGCGCGCAUGGUGAAGAUGCAUUAGAAUCAACAGAGGUUAUCGAUUUUGAGGAUCUUUUCGAGGAUGUGCCAUCGCAGUCAGUGGAUUCACAAACCAAAAACGGGUUCAAGCCGAAGAAGGAAAUCUGGGAAAAGAAAAUUCCGCAAGCCCCCAAACCAGUGAAGGAUCAAAGUUGGAAAAUAUCUGAAGCUGUUGGCGGACGGAUGAUUGAUGCAGAUCCUGUAUUUACAGAAGAUGAGAAAUAUCUGAUCUUAGCAAACCGAAUGAGCCUUCUCAUAUACUCAACGUCUGAUUCUCUCCUCACCCGAUCCAUCAAAUUCGACCAUUCGAAGCAUCCUUUCGCUCAUAUCGUCGCAUACAAACUUUCACCCACUGAUUCCAACAUCGUUUGGGUAGCCCUGUCUGAUGGAGCCAUAUAUCGCCUGGACUGGACCUCGGGAACUGGGAAUGAUCAGUCUUGGAAAAUCUCCUCGACUGGCUGUAUACAUAUGACUGUUGCUUCCAUGGUAUCCGCUGGGCGACGAAGAGAUGUGGUAUUCACGACCGAGGUCAAGAAGGACGGCGGCUGGCGAAUUACUGCAAAUGAAUUGACUCAGCCUGGUUCACCCAUACAAACAGUCGCAAGAACCAUUUAUACUUCAAAAACGCCGAUUAACUACUUAAAAACUGCUAAUGAAGGUUCUGUGCUUCUCGCAGCUUCUGGAAAAAGCGUUUUACUCGGUCAUGUUCGAAACUUGGAUUUUGAUACUACUGACAAGGUUAGAUACGUAUUCCGCGUCUUUGAUUCGACUGGCCCUAUAAUGUCCUUGGAUGCACGAUCAUAUCCUAGAAAAACUACCGAUGACAGAAACAUAUCGAAAAAGAUACCAGUUGUUGAUGUUGUGGUUGGCGAUGCGAAAGGAGCCAUAUUUGUACAUCGUGACUUGUUGGGCAAUCUCGUACAAUCAGAAAAUAAAAAUUACGCUUCCAUGAUCAACCUUGUGCCAGCAAGGUUACAUUGGCACCGAAAAGGUGUCCAGACCGUAAAGUGGUCUUUGGAUGGAAACUACGUUAUAUCUGGAGGCAGCGAAACAGUGCUCGUACUUUGGCAAUUGGAUACCGGAAAAAAGCAGUUCUUGCCUCAUAUGACGUCAACUAUCAACAAUGUAGUCGUGUCUCCUUCUGGGUCCUCGUACGGCAUUCAGCUUGCUGACAACUCUGCCAUGGUGUUGUCCACCGCCGAAUUGGAACCAACGGCGAAUUUUGCUGGGCUCCAGUCUAGCAUUACCCAAUACGCUGAAGCUGAAGAAGAUGAAGUCCACAGAGCCAAAUCCCAUUUCUAUAGGUUUCACGUGGUACAGCGAACGCCUGCCGUCAUUAGUUCCGCCAACCCUUCUCAUCUGUUCCUCGGUGUUGGGCAGACUUCAGAAGUACCUUUCUACGAAGCUCCGGUCAGGAAUUGUUCGUUUCUACAAACGUAUGAUCUUAGUGCAGGGCACAAUGUGUCAAAGCAAGCCCUUGCAAGGACGAAUGUCACCAAUAUUAAUGAAACACCUAACUCUGUUCCAAUCUCCGAACCCAGAAUCACCCAUAUCCAGAAAUCUCAUGAUGGACUUUGGCUAGCUACGGUCGACGAAUGGACUCCCUCUCAUGCCGACCUCGAUUUCAUUCAGCAUCAAGUCACAAAUCCGUUUGCCGAGCUCAAACUGAGACGGGAAAUCUGUUUGAAGUUUUGGCAGUGGCAAGAAGCGGGCCAGACAUGGGAACUGGUAUCGCGAAUUAACACCCCUCAUAUGGCAAGCAAUUCCGCACCUGGGGCCGGCCAAAUUUUAGGCCUCGCCACAGACCCUAGCUCCUUGAGAUUUUCUACAAUAGGAGAAGACAGUGUGGUGCGUACAUGGGUCCCAAAAACUCGAAAAAGAGAUGGAAUUUCGGUCAAGGAUGGAAAGGGCAACGCACUCAAAAAUUGGCACUGCCAGCAUGAAAUCCAGCUCGAGAAGUCUGAGCUUACCGAUGACCACUUGCGGAGCUCGCCAUACAACGGUGCUGUAGCGUUCGCGGAUGAUGGCUCGAUAAUAGCUGCAGCUUUUGGUGAAAACGGAACGGUUCACAUGAUCGAUCCCGAACAGGGUUCCAUCACAGCUUCACAACACGGCAUGUUUGAAGGUAGCAUUGUGGCUAUGGAGAUCUUGGGUAGAGAUCUUAUCACCUUGUCCGAUUCAAUUCGUGUGCAUGAUUUGGUUUCGGAUCAAUUGAGAUAUAGUUUGAAGCUAUACAAAUCCAUCACACGGAUGCAUAUCAUACAGAAGAUCGAGAUGAUGCAUUUGGCAAUCAAUCGAAAGAGUCGCACAUUCGCAGUCGCUAUACCAAUGAGACUCACUCCUCCGUCGGCGGAGGAGCUCAGAGAACAAACUUUACCGCCAACGUAUUCUGGUUUUGCAGUCUUUGGUCAGGAUAGUCAAGUCCCAUUGUUGACCGAGUGCUUCGAGACUGCAAUUUCGGCUAUUAUAUCCACUGAGGAUUCGGAAGGAUUCCUGGUUCUCGAUGGAGCUGCUGAAAUCCGAAAUGUGAUGAAGAAGGGCACACAGCCAAUGACCACAUUGGCCCAAUCAACUUCUGAUCUUCAAUUGGACACGGUCACUGAUGAACCAACUGGAGAUCUCCUUCAAUUGAUUGAUGAUGAGGAAGAUGAGGCGGAAGAAGCCCAACCUUUAUCACCUGAAGUCAUUGAGGAUGAUGAUGAUACACCUGUUGUGACACAACAAGAACUUUCAGGUGUAUUUGACAUUGGGCCGGCGUUUGCAUUGCCGCCUUUGGAGGAGAUGUUCUAUCAAGUGGCAGGAUUGUUUUCUAGUAAACCUUUGGAGAGUGUGGUGUAA